UUCCAAUACUUCAAUUCUCCCCAAGGCGGAAAACGCAGAGGAAGCCGCCCCUCGUCGGGCGAAAUGGUGGUACGCAACGUUCCACAACGUCACGGCGAUGGUCGGUGCUGGCGUGCUCAGUCUCCCUUACGCAAUGGCUCACUUAGGCUGGGGACCUGGAACACUGGCGCUGGUAGUAUCAUGGUGCAUCACCUUGUACACACUGUGGCUAAUGAUAGAGCUCCACGAGUGCGUGCCGGGUAAGCGGUUCGACCGGUACCGCGACUUGGGGGAGCACGCGUUCGGGCCACGGCUGGGGCCGUGGAUCGUGGUGCCGCAGCAGCUGAUCGUGCAGGUCGGGUGCGACACGGUGUACAUGGUCACCGGCGGCAAGUGCCUCCAGAAGUUUGCAGAGAUCGCGUGCCCGGCCUGCGCCCCGCUGCGGCAGUCAUACUGGAUCUGCAUCUUUGGAUCCUUCCAGUUUGUCCUGUCUCAGCUUCCCAAUUUGAACUCUGUUGCUGCAGUUUCAUUUGCAGCAGCUGCUAUGUCGCUCAGCUACUCCACCAUAUCCUGGGUGGCCUGCUUCGCCCGCGGCCGGCCGGCGCGCGGCGUGAGCUACGGCUACAAGAAGUCGGCGACGGCGUGGGACUCGGUGUUCCGGGUGUUCAGCGCGCUGGGGCAGGUCGCCUUCGCGUACGCCGGCCAUGGCGUGGUGCUGGAGAUCCAGGCCACGAUACCGUCGACGCCGGCAGAGCCGUCAAAGGCGACGAUGUGGAGGGGCACUGUCGCGGCCUACUUCGUCACCGCGCUCUGCUACUUCCCCGUAGCCAUGAUCGGGUACUGGGCCUUCGGACAGGACGUCGACGACAACGUGCUCAUGGCGCUCAGCCGCCCGCCGUGGCUCAUCGCCGCCGCCAAUCUCAUGGUCGUCGUGCAUGUCGUGGGAAGCUAUCAGGUCUAUGCCAUGCCAGUUUUUGAUUCCAUUGAGACCCUACUGAUCACAAGAUUAAAGCUUCGACCUGGGAUCACUCUCCGUCUAAUAGCUCGAUCAGCUUAUGUCGCUUUCACCCUCUUUGUUGGAGUAACAUUUCCAUUUUUCGCGGAUUUACUAGGCUUCUUUGGAGGCUUCGGAUUCACACCCACUUCCUAUUUUCUCCCUUGCAUCAUCUGGCUAGCAAUUAAGAAGCCCAGGAGGUUCAGCCUCUCUUGGGUGGCAAAUUGGGGAUGCAUUGUUAUCGGCGUGCUCAUAAUGUUUGCUUCCACCAUAGGGGGUCUGAGAAAUAUCAUAGCUGAUGCUUCAACAUUUCAAUUCUACUCUUAAUGGCUAAAUGUACUGUAAUUAUCAAAAAGACUACUACUCUUAUAUGUUAGUCUAAUUAUCAUGUAAAUGUGUGAGAUAAUUCAGAUGCAAGAUUAUAUUGCUAGAGUUCAAAAAUGCUUGCCCAGCUCUCUUUACUCGUUUUCUCCAUGGCUGCGGCAACGGAGCUGCUUACAAUGUAGAGGUCUAAUAGAUAAAUUCCCUUUGUAUUAACUAAUUUAGAUGAAUAGAUGUAAUCUUAGGA